AUGGAAUCGCAUAUGAAGAAGCAGUGUUCGUUUAUGUUGAAACUGAUGACCAUGCUACCAGGAGCACCUACACUAGUGGAGACUGAGGCGACAGACGGAUACAUAGCUUCACCAAUUUGCGAGGCGAUCGCCAGGGUAACAGUCCCGCACGAGCUACGACUCCCUAUUUUGACCACCCUCUAUGGCGGAAUAUCCGACCCCUACAGGCAUGUAAACGUCUACAAGCAGCGAAUGUGGCAGAUCGGCAUCCCGUACAACCUGGUUGAACCUGUCAUGCACAAAUCUUUUGGAGGUACCCUCGACGGAGCAGCUCUGGAAUGGCUCAUGAACAUCACCCCCGGAUCCAUAUCCUGCCUUGCUGAUCUCAUUAACGCCUUCUAUCAACAGUUCUGUAGCAGUCGUCAACCAGAAAAACAGACGAGUGACCUCUAUCGGUUGGCCCAAGGACCAACCGAGUCGACAGUUAUCGAAGCAUUCAAGAGAGGUCUCAUCCCCAAAUCGGAGUUGUACCGGGAGAUUACCAAAUAUCCCUACGCAACCUUCGAGGAGAUCAGAUCGAGAGCCACUGCCCAGAUGCGGAUAGAGGACGACGAAGUUACACGGUCAACAGCACCACGACCAGCAGGGGGCAGCAGCGACAGGCGGUCGUACACCCCGAGGAACAAUAGUUGGCGACAACAACCAUACAACCGCCAAAACCAGGUACAGAAUGUCAAUCAAUACAAUGAUACUAACAAUGUUUACAGGAAUGAAUGGGCCGAUCACCCUGACAUCUCCGAAUAUGGCUUCAACGUCGACAUCAGAGGCGUCGUCAACGCCCUUCAAAAUGUAGGUGGAACAGUCAUGUGGCCUAAAAAGAGCGAUAUGCCGGAUCCCAUUACAGACAUGAGCAAAUGGUGCGAGUUCCACCGCGACAACGGCCACAAAACAGAAGAGUGCAUCUCCCUUAAAAAGGAGGUUGCAUAUCUUCUAAAGAGAGGACACCUGAAGGAGUUGCUGAGCGACAAAGGGAAGGAGACAUACAACAUGGGAAAACUGUUAGGUACUGUCGUAUCGCAGGUAGCACCGUGUCGGAUGAACAAGUCAGACGUAGCACCAAGCGACGAGAAAGAACUAGAGUCCGCAAAGCGCACCAAGUACCAGUCGCGUUACAAAACCGGCGGAAAGCCAAAGAAGCUGACAUUUGAGAUGCCCGACGAGUUUGAAGAUAUGAUCUCGUCCGACGAGGAGCCCUAUGAAGAGUAA